AAGGAACGCGUCCCCACGCGUCGCUGCUCCUCGCUAUCCCCACCAUACUGUUGUCAACAAAACCGUCUAUAAACGUAUAAAUUGUGAAUAUUCUAGGUAAAACUAUUUUUAAUUCAGCCGAAUUAACUGCCGCAUGAAGGUGAACUCGUCGGUCUGGUUCGUCCGCCCUACCCGAGUCACAUGCCUCGGCGGCUUUAUGAGGUUAGAGUCUGUGAGACAAGCCUUUUUUAACUGCCAGUGUUAACUCAAUAUUAAAUACCAACCAUAAUAGCACAUGUUAUAUUGGCACACAUUGAGAGGGUUGUUUUAUAAAGAAUGUGGUGAAAAUAUCAGCCACAGUCAAAAUCAAGUCAAAUGUAAUUGUAUAGCUCUUGAUCACAGUUAGGCACAAAUCACCACGAAAUAAUCAACAUAUAUUGUUUUCCCGGACUCUCUGUGUCCUGUCUUUUAAAGGUUGAACGUAUUCUAAUGCUGGAAAGAAGAGAACAAACAGCGAAUAUGAGGUAGCCUAGACAGUUCAUGAAUGUGCCCACAUUGAGGUUAAAACGUCAGGGAAUUCUCUGUCCGUGGGGGCGGAGCCAGGUGUUAGGGGAGGAGCCAGCAGGUGUUAGGGGCGGAGCCAGGUGUAAGGGUUUGGAGAGGAGAGGACCUGUUGUUCAGGAAACGAAACCUAAGGUUCAUAGAAACCAAAGAACCGACGUGGAAGCAGUUCUCUCUUUCAGGAGAAAAAUGAAACGCAAAUGGUCCGACAGACAGAAAACACAACAAGGAAUGGCCUCUGCUAACACUUCCUGGUCUGAGGAGAACUUUUCAUGUUCCAUCUGUCUGGAUGUGUUCAUCAGUCCAGUUACCACACCGUGUGGACACAACUUCUGCAGAACCUGUAUUACAAAGUUCUGGGAUGAACAAGUCAAAUACAAAUGUCCUGUUUGCAACAAGCUUUUCGGCACAAAACCUGAUCUACAGGUCAAUACCCUCUUAUCAGAGCUGGCUGCUCAGUUUAGAACAACCGUACGAGUUAAAGAGCAGCCUUUUGUUGAACCAGCAGAAGUUCCCUGUGACGUCUGUACUGGGACCCAGCUGAAGGCCGUGAAGUCCUGCCUAGUCUGUCUUAUCUCUUAUUGUCAAACCCACCUGGAGCCUCAUCAGAGAGUCGCAGGCCUGAAGAAACAUCGGCUGGUCGAGCCUAUGGACCGGUUUGAAGACAGGAUGUGUAAGAAACACGACCAACUUCUGGAGCUCUUCUGCCGGACUGAACAGGCGUGUGUGUGUCUGUUGUGCACAGUGACAGACCACAAGUCCCAUCCUGUUGUACCUCUGAAGGAGGAAUAUGAAGUGAAGACGGCCCAGCUGGGGAAGAUAGAGACUGAAGUUCCGCAGAUGAUCCAGGAGAGAAAACAAAAGAUUAAGGAGAUCAAAGACACAGUGGAUCUCAGCAACAAAGACGCAAACAGAGAGAUAGCCCAUGGUGGGCAGGUCUUCAAUGCUCUGAUAGGCUGUGUUGAAAAGGGCCGGGAUGAUUUCAACCAAAAGGUUCAAGAGAAACUGAACUCCACAGUAAAACAAGCUGAAGACCUCAUCAAAGAGCUGGAGCAGGAAAUAAAAGAUCUGACCAAUAGAAGCUCAGAGGUGAAGCAGCUCUCACAGACUGAAGACCACCUCCACUUCCUCCAGGCCUUCAGAUCCCUGAAAGAUCCUCCACCCCCCAGGGACUGGACCACGGUGGAGGUCCGUCCUCCGUCAUACGGAGGGACCUUGAGGAGAUCCCUGGAUCAGCUGGAGGAGACACUGAACAUGGGGAUGAAGAAGCUGCGUGAUGUUGAACUGAAGUGGGUCCAGCAGUAUGAAGUGGAUGUGACUCUGGAUCCUGAUACAGCUAAUCCCAUGCUCAUCCUGUCUGAGGAUGGGAAACAAGUACAUGAUGGAGGUGUGAGGAAGAGACUCCCAGACAACCCUAAGCGAUUUACACAGAAAAUGUAUGUUCUCACGAGGCAGAGCUUCUCCUCAGGUAGAUUUUACUUUGAGGUCCAGGUUAAAGACAAGACUGGAUGGUUUGUAGGAGUGGCCAGAGAGUCCAUCGACAGAAAAGGUCUGACAGAGCGGACCACUGGGAAUGGUUACUGGACUCUUUACUACUACAAGGAUGGGUUGGUAUUUAGUGAUAACCCUGAUGUCCGUCUCCCUCUGAGAGCUGAGCUCCAGAAGGUGGGGGUGUUGGUUCAUUAUGAUGAGGGUGUGGUCUCCUUCUAUGAUGUGGAAGCCAGGGUUCAUAUCUACUCUGCUACUGGCUGCAGCUUCACUGAGCCUCUCUAUCCAAUCCUCUGCCCAUGUGUUAAUUAUGAAGGUAACAACUCUGCCCCCCUCAUCAUCUCACCUGUCGAUCAAACAGACUAGGACCUUGGUUUGGUAAUACAACAUACUGUCAGGGUGUGUGUGUUU